AUGUCUCUCCAAAACGGCGCCUACACCCACCAAGGCUACUCAGCGCCGCCCUACAGCCAGGGAUACAACCAACCGCCAGGAGGCCAAAUGUACGGAAACGACGAGCAGGUCACCCAAGUAUACUACUACAACAACGACGACGCCGCAUCGAUCUCGUCGCGGAGCAUCUCGCAACAUCAACAGCAGUACUGGUACGGCCAACAACCCGGCGGCGGCCGAAGUUGUCGAUCCAGCGGCAGCGCCAAAUCGCCCGAGAACGAGCGCUUCAACCGCAAGAGGAGGCGGUGCACGUACAUGUACUACGUCCUUCGCCAGCUCGCCAUCAUUGUUCCUUUGGUCGUCAUCUUUUUGAAUAUCAACAUUUACUGCUCGCGGAGGGGCAAGUAUCUGAAUGAUUCGACGAGUCCGGCGGAUCCUAUUUUCUACAGCUUGUGGUUGUCUGUACCGAUUUCAUGUAUUCUUCUCAUUUGGUCACUCAUCACCGUCAUCUGGCGCAAGAGGGACGCCUACCGUGGCGGCAUCCCGAAGCAUUUUCAUUUUGGCAUGGAGUUGUGUUUCACGCUGGGCACCACCAUUUGCUGGAUUCUGCUCGUUAUCCAGAUCGAGUCGAAGAAGUCCAACGGGUACUACGCGUAUCCGUACAUUCAGUACGAGGCUGCUCUGGCGUUCCUGCUGGGACUCAUCAUGAUGUCCGAGUUUGGUCUGCUCGCGCGAGCCUGGUUCGAAUUUACCAACGAGAGGACACGAUAUGAAAGUGAGAUGAUGCAGGUGUAA